AUGGGCCGAGGCAAAGCCCAGCUCGAAUCCUUCUUUCACUCGUUAUUGCUGGUCGUCAUGGGCCGAGAUCUAGUGGAGCUCAUCGGGUGGAGUGUGCUGGCCGGCGACCUGCAGGACUACGUCCGGUUCCGCGCCGUAUGCUCGCACUGGAGCGCGAGCACCGUCCGCCCUCACAUCCGCGACCCACGCUUCCACCCGCGCCGCUGGAUGAUGCUCCCCGAGGGCCACGGCCUCUACCCCGGCCACCGCGACCUCCGCGGCUUCGUGCGCUUCCUCAACCUCUCCACCGGCGCCUUCGUCCGUGCCCACCUCCCGCUCCUGGAUGACCACGUCAUACUCGACUCGGUCGACGGCCUCCUCCUCCUGCACGGCGACCGUGACACCGCCAUGCGCCUCCUCCACCCUUUCACUGGCGAGAUCGUCGAUCUCCCGCCGCUGGCGUCCCUCCUGCCACAGAUGGAGACCCUUCGAUUCUACAACCGCAGCUUAACCAUGAACCCCUACGCCUCGGUUUCCGUCAGCUCCCGAGGCACCGUCACUGUCAUGCUCGCCUUUACUGACCUGGACCGUGUGGCCUAUGCCACCGACGGUGACCAGCGUGGUAAGAUCUAUAUGGUGGAGUACGCUUAUCAGAGUCACAAGGUACACAUCUACCGGGUUGAUCCACCGUGCACCACUGCAGCUGAUGGAUUUCCUCAUUUCCCGUUGCUGAUGAAGAUUUCCGAAUGCCCAUUGGACAGAUUCAGCAUUAUUUUCAACCUUGUAGAGUGUGGCUCAGAGACAUUGCUUGUUGCUUACAACGAUGAGUCUUGCAUAGAUCUAGCAGUGUACAGACUCGCUGACCUUGUCAUCGGAAGGUUUGUGCCUAUAACGAGCAUUGGAAACUACGCCUUGGUUCUAGGGGAACGCUGUCUCUGUGUUUUACUCUCACCAAACAAAUGGCUGCCCUCCGUUUCACCUAAUUCUGUCAUCUGCAUACAUAAUUCCCAGUCCGGUCCGAAUGCUGGAGAAUACGUUUUUGAGCAGUACAGCCUGGGUACUGGCAUGUGGACUCCAGCCAGUGAUGGAGACAUUGUAGAGAUGCUGCCACCAAGCCCCCAUGAGUUCACUCAUCAUAUAUUUACUUGUUGCUAUCGUAGAUAUUGGAAUAAAGGACUCAUGUAUUCUGGAGCAACUGAGCCAAAAUGGUUGAUAAAGCAAGAAACACGGUUUGGAGGAUUUAUAGUUGGUGUUCAUUUUAUAACUUUUACAUGUCAAUUAGUAUUUGCUAGAAGUUGGUAUUUAGAUGCAAAUGUUUCUUAA